AUGUCACUAGAAACAUUGAAAGAAAUUACAAACAAUUUCUCCAUAGAUCGAGAACUUGGUAGUGGGACGUUUGGAAUAGUUUACAAGGUCUAUACAAAUUGGAGAGAUAGGCUGAAGGGAAUGUUAAGUUGCACAUCACUGGAAGCUGAAUGCCAUCAAGUGAAGGGAUGCAUUGAAAUUGCAAUAAACUGCAUCGAUGCUGACCGACAAAAGAGGCCUACAAUUGGGGAGGUCGUAUGUAGGCUGAACGAAUUAGAGCAUGUGAUAGAUAUGUCUGCAGCACCAUGCCAGCUGCAGCAAAUCAGUGCAACCGUGGGACCUGGAGAGAGUAGCAGUGAGAUACACGUCCCCACGUCUAGCAAGGUGCUGGAAAUGCAACCGCUGGAGCUCGGCCUGCCCUUCCAGCCAUACAAGCGCAACGGGGUCCAGACUCAUGGAUGCGAGGAGCCCAACAAGAUCCUUGGCAAGGUUGAUGGUGUGUACCAAAGCAGCCUAGACGUACAGCAACGGCAUGCAACGGUGUCCGGCUAUAGGGACCCGCACACGGUCAUCAACAAGCUGAACAGGACCAGCGAGCCGGCUCAGCUGUGGGGUUCUUCUUCCUCCAUGCCCGACGUGGUGAGCCAGAUUCAGAAACUGGAGCUUAAUGCGGUGCAGAAGGGGCUGAAUGUGCCGCAGCAGCUUCAGUCGAUGAGCGGCAAGAUGCCGUUCUCGGCGGCGGCGCCUGAGGAGGACCCCGUGUCCGUCGUGUUCAACCUCCCCAGGAAGGACAACGAGAUGCAUGUACAGGGAAACGGCAACGGUGGCGGAGGAGCGAGAAGCGAGAAGCACGAAGGAGAACAACACGGUGGUGGAGCUGGAGGCGUCCACGACAGCAGUGGCGGUGGUAAAAAUGGAAACAGUGGGCAACCGCAGAACACAAAAGGUGUCGCCCCAGGCGCCACCGCCGCCGUUGGCGAUGGUCCGGGCCCGUUAGGUGGCAUGCCGCCGCUGGUGGCGGGCAUGAUGAGGCCUAACAUGAGGGUGGGCAGUGCUGAUUUCCCCGGUAUGUACCAGAUGGGCGGCGGGUUCAUGGACCAUCCCCAUGGCCACAAUGGCAGCAUGCAGCCGGGUAGUGGCAACGGCGGUGCCUCUCAGGGCAUGCCGGCCGGUGGGAUGCCAGCGUCGGGAUCCUACCAGGGAGGUGCCAGCGCAGGUAGGAGCGAGUCUUCCGGGCCGGAGAUGCGGCAGGCUGCCGCGGCGACCGGGAACCUUCUGGCGCUGCAGCAGCAGCAGUACUACAUGGCCUUGAUGCAGCAGCUGGGCCUGGGCAUGUCGUCCGGCAGGAUGGAGACGUUGUUGACUGCCAUGGCGGGCGGGAACCUGAUGCAGCAGCAGUACUACACGGCCUUGAUGCAGCAGCAGCAACGGUACAUGCCGUCGCCCUGGGCGGAGACGCUGAAGGCUGCCAUUACGGCCGGGAACCUUAGGGCCCAGCAGGGGUUCAUGGCUUUCCUGCAGCAGCAACAACGGGACGUGUCGACCAGGCAGGACAUGCUGCAGGCUGCCAUCGCGUCCAGGAACCAGAUAGCCCAGCAGUACACGGCCGCCAUGCACCAGCAACAAGGGGACAUGUCGUCCUGGCAGGAGACACUGCUGGCGGCCAUGGCGGCCAUGAACCAGGGUUCUGGGAUUCAACUAGAGAAAAACCUUGGACCAAACCGAAAUGGGUGA